GUCAGACUCACAGCAGCCCACAGCUCCUCUCCUUCUCCUUCUCCUUCUCUCCUCUUGGUCUGCAGAACCGGAGGAGCGUUUGGAUCUAGCAGGCGGUUCGGUCGGAGGUGUGGGACCUGCGCAGAUAACUGGUGCAGAAAUGAGACCUGCUAAAGGGAGACGUCAGUCUGUCCAACCUGCAACGAUGAGGAUUUAAUCAAGCGUUUCCACCUCUCCUCCCAGGGGCAGCCCUCUGAUCACAGGCCUGGCAUCUUUCAUCCAUUCAUCCCUCUUUCAUUCAGUCAUAUUUUUGCCCCGUCAUGAAAGGCCUGUCCAGUAGUCGGAGUCACCAUCACGUGGUCUCCUAUGAGCCAUCGUACGAUCCACUGGGUCACCAUGUUGACCGUAAGCCAUAUUUGUUCAGCCAGAUGGAUAUGCCUUUGCCAAUUCCCAUGCCACAUCCAUCUGAGUUGCCCUAUUACAAUGCUCAACGCGUCUCCUACCCCUCUGAAAGCAACAGCAUUGUCCCAUAUGGAACCUUCCCCAGGAGGUGCCACUCCACCUCCUCAGCUCACCAUCCUGAGGUAAAGGAUGAGUGUAUGGCCAUGGUGCCGUACGCAGGGGGGGGAGGAAGAGGAGGAGGAGGGGGAGGAGGCUACGGGGCUAAAUCCCAGUCUUGGGUGCCAGUAAAUUUUGCGGACCCCUAUGAGCAACAGCCCAUAUUUUCCAGAGAUGGCUACCACACACUGCAGUACAAACGAGGAGUGUUGUCCCACAGCGGGGGGAUGGGAGCCAAUGACGGCAACAAUGACAGUCCUGGACGAAUUCGCCACCUGGUCCACUCGGUCCAGAAACUCUUUACCAAGUCGCAUUCAUUGGAGGGGCCACAGCACACGCAGUCAUCCAAAGGGCCCAAUAACGGGAGCGUUUAUGGUGGUGGCGGUGGUGGAGGAGGUAGCGGUGGUGGUGGUUCAAGGGCUAGCCCAGAGGGUGCGGCUCCCCCAGGGGGGACGCGCCACCGGAAGCGCAGCAAGAGCCGGGAGCGCUGUCGAUCAGCAGAGCCUAAGCAUCGGAGCUACCACCACCACCACCACCCGCAGCUUCAUGGCUCAGCAUCUGCUCCAGGCUCCGGAUACUGGAGCUCAGAUGACAACCUGGAACGGGAGCUGUGUCUUUACCACCCUCAUCACCACCAACCUCCACCUUCACCCUCCCUCUCCGUUUCCCCCUCGCCCGUUGCCAUGACAACGGGACAGUGCCAUGGCAACAACCCCGAUAAGUACCCGCAGACCCCCCUGCCAAACCUCUCCUCCUCACAGUCCCAGCAGUACUUUCUGAUGGACCCCUACGGGACAGUUAACGAGCACGCCCACACUCACGCACGCCACGGCCGCACCCACCACCACUCUGCACUCAAAACCUCUUGGAGCAACAGCGAUGUGAAGUAUUCAGCUUCCUCUGCAUGUGUGCCAGGUAGUGGUAACAGCAAUAAGAGCGAUGGCUGUGUCGGUGGAGGAGGCGGCCCCUUGCUGCCGCUGGGUCUUGUGGACGGGCCUAUUGAGAAGAAAGGGGCAUGGUCGUCAAGCCUAACGGUGAGCAGGGCCCGAGAGGUCUACACCAACAACAGCAGCCACAAGCAGCUACGAGCCAGCGCAGGACCCGGUAACCUAAACCUAGAUAGAGCUCUAGUCAAAUCUAAGGCCAGUCAGCAGCAGGACCCUUCUUGCCAGUUCUUACAGGUACCUCAGGAUGAAUGGAGUGGCUUUUCUCCUCUGGGGAAAGAGGAGGACAUCCCCUGUCGUAGAAUGAGGAGCGGCAGCUAUGUGAAAGCCAUGGCUGACGACGACAGCGGAGACUCUGAUGGAAGUCCCAAACCUUCGCCCAAGAUGCAGGCACGUCGGGCCAGCUACCUUAAAGCCACACAGCCAUCGCUGACAGAGAUGACCACUCUACAGAUCUCCACAGAACACUCCCCCAAGCUGCAGAUCAGGAGUCACAGUUACCUGCGGGCUGUGAGUGAGGUUUCAAUCAACAGAAGCGUGGACACUCUGGACCCUAAAACCCUCCUGGACCCCAAAUCCCUGCUGUCCUCCCCUCAGUAUCGCUCACGCAAUGAAAGCUACAUGAGAGCCAUGAGCACCAUCAGUCAGCUGAGUGAGGUGGAGGUGAACGGGCAGAUCGAGCAGGUAUGCGAGCAGGUCUACAGUGAGCUGCAGUCUCAGGCCAUGGAUGCAGGGAUGGACAGUCUGGAGACCAUGGACACCCUGCCUAUGCCUGGAUGCUUCCGCAUGCGGAGCCCCAGCUAUGUAAGGGCCAUCGACCAGGGAUGUACCUCUGAGGACGAAGGACCAGGAGGAAGACCACUGCUGCUGCUUCCAUCCUCACCCCCCCGCACCACCGCCACCACUGUCAGGACCAUCCAGAGCAGCACAGUUUCAUCUUGCAUCACUACCUAUAAGAAAACCCCCCCACCAGUGCCGCCGCGGACCUCCACCUGCUCCACGGCCUCCAAGCCAUACAUCUCUAUUACAGCCCAAAGCAGCACAGAGUCUGCACAG